CCCCCACAUCCUCCACGCUGCUGCUGCUGAGAUGUGAUUGAAUGGGAGGAAAAAUCUGUCCGUCUGUGAAUGAGUGAACGUACCAAGAGACAUUUUAUUUACCCGUGUAUGUUUGUGUGACACCUCUGGUCUUGUCAGAGCCAAGAGAGGAGUGGACGUCAAGCGGUUUUCUGCCCUCAACAGCAUCACCGGGUCAUCAACGUCCCCCAGCCAGUGAAGAAGCCAUGCUUAUCUGGUCACCUCGUGGCUGUGCCGCAGUGACCACCACCCCCCUCCAGUCCAAGCUGAUGUUUGUUCUGGUCCUGGCUGUCCUUUUCUGCCCCUAUGGCCAGGUGACAUGUAAGGGGGAAGGUCAGACACAGUCCCCUGCCCAGGUGCUGCAGGACCUGCUCUCCCGCUAUGGGGACAACAGCACCAUCACGGUGCCCCAGCUGCGCUCCCUGCUGGCCCUGCUCAGCCAGGGUCAGGCUGAAGGGGACAACAUCAGCAGCAAUGUGCCCGAGAUACCUAAAACAACCACGCCCCACAAAACCAACAGCUCCAAGUGCUUAGCUGCAGACACACUGGCCAUUUACAGCAUCAGUGAGCAGUCGCGGCUGGAUGGGCGGGGCCUCCAGGAGCUGUGCCCCACCAUGCUGCAGCAGCUGGAUGCUGGCACCUGCAGGGCGCAAAAAGAGGAGGAGUCAAGCAUUGGCCCCAGGCCAACGGACGGCGAAGUGUGGGGUUAUGGGAUCCUGUGUGUGACACUGAUCUCUCUGUGUUCGCUGGUCGGGGCGAGCGUGGUGCCCUUCAUGAGGAAAACCUUUUACAAGCGGCUGCUGCUCUUCUUCAUAGCCCUGGCCAUUGGCACGCUCUACUCCAACGCGCUGUUUCAGCUCAUCCCAGAGGCCUUUGGUUUUAACCCCAUGGUGGAUAACUACGUGUCCAAAUCAGCCGUGGUCUUCGCUGGCUUUUACCUCUUCUUCUUCACUGAAAAGAUCCUCAGAGUGCUUCUCAAACAGAAAAAUGGGGGCCAGGGCCAGGGCCAGGGCCAGGGCCAGGGCCAGGGCCAGGGCCAGGGCCAGGGCCAGGGCCAGGGCCACGGUCACAGUCAUUACCCGAGUGCAGAUCAUUACUCGACCCCUGACGGAGAUGUGGAGGGCGAGAAGGAGAAGCUGCAGCAGAACGGAGAGGCCAGCAGUCUGGCCCUGGGCAAAGUGGACGCAGGGGAGGGGGAGCUCAUGCUCAGCCCCGCACAGACACCACAGGACUCCCAGAGCCCAGAAAGUGGGGGUCGGUCCCGCAGUGGCAGGGGCUGCUAUUGGCUGAAGGGGGUCGCAUACUCCGACAUCGGCACGCUGGCCUGGAUGAUCACAUUGAGCGACGGCCUGCACAACUUCAUCGACGGCUUGGCCAUCGGCGCCUCCUUCACUUCCUCCGUCUUUCAAGGCGUCAGCACCUCCGUGGCCAUCCUGUGUGAGGAGUUCCCCCACGAGCUCGGAGACUUUGUGAUCCUGCUGAACGCUGGCAUGAGCAUACAGCAGGCUCUGUUCUUCAACUUCAUGUCGGCCUGUUGCUGUUACCUGGGCAUGGGCUUUGGCAUCCUUGCCGGCAACAGCUUCUCCCCCAACUGGAUCUUUGCCCUGGCGGGGGGAAUGUUCCUCUACAUCGCUCUGGCAGACAUGUUUCCAGAGAUGAACGAGGUGAGUCGUGAGGAGGAGGAUGCGGGCGGCAGCAGCUUCCUUGUCAUUUUUGCCAUCCAGAACGCCGGCCUGCUGACGGGCUUCUCCAUCAUGCUCCUCCUCACCAUGUACUCGGGGCAGAUACAGCUGGGCUAGCCCCGCCUCCUCUGGACCAACACCUACUCUGACCAGCAUGAAAUGAAACUGAGGUGUCAGCGUGUUUGUGCUGGGGUAAACUGACCCCAAGGGGAGGGAACUACUUUCUCUUUUCCGAUCCCCAGUUUCCAGGACCCCGGAGUCUGGGUAGUUUGGCUGCUGUGCGGCAGGUACCCACACCUCCUCUACCGUAAAUAUUUGAGUAACCGUUCGUUCAAAGUUCACACGUGCAGUAGAUCCCAACAGAAGGGGGCAGGCUUCUUUGUUUUAGGUUUUGUCAACCUUUCCCUGACAGCUGCUUAAAGUCUAGAAAUAUCAACUGAAGCAUCGUCUGCAGGGACGAGUUAAAGACUUUUGAACUUAUGUGCAAUACUCAGCCAGUCACACUUCUCUCUAUUCCCCAGACUACUGAUCAGCCAUUUUGGCUUCUGCUCUUGUGAUUCCCCCCCCCCUCGUUCUUUUCCUCAGUGUACGUCAUUGAGCCACCACUGUAGAGAUUCAACAGUAUUUAUAUCACUUAUGGUCUUUGCCCGCAACGCUUCCUCAGGAGGUGGGAAAAGCACAAUCAGGUUACAGCCGCUGUAUUAAUAACAUUAUUGAGUCUCUACUGUUCUGUUCCCUCCUUUUCCUUUUAUCAUUACAUACCAAAAAUAAUUUGUUACGGAUCUAAACUGGAAUUUUAAUGAAGUUUCGACGUCAAACUGACUUCCUGCUGGACUCUGUUGUUCGUGCGUUCAUUUUUUAUACAUGAGAAGAAAACCUGAAGACCAAAUAUGGGCAGGCCAUUGAGAAUGGUGAAGGGCUACACAGUGACGUUUGGUGGGCAAACUUCUCUUCGGCAUGCAGUCGGAUAUUCCUCAAUGAGGCCUGGUUCGGAUAUGUGAAGCGACAUAAAGAGCAGAGUUUUUGGCUUCAUCCAGGCAACAUUUUUUUCCAUAUAGUUAACCAUCUGUGCCCCUUAUUAGCAGUGAAUAUAUAUAUUUUUUUUCUUUUUUUACAGUGACAUUCAAAAUACUUUAAGCUGAAUCAUUAUGCACACACACACCUCGCCUUCUUUACUGUAACCUUAUCCAUAUUAAUCACACAAAAUACUGAAAAAUGAAGUCAUAUACUAUAUAUUAGGUUGUUAUGACUAACCUGUGAGUUACAUUACAUGGCCCAAAGUAUGUGGACAUGCUUGUAUGCACUUUUGGUCUGGGGCAGUAUUUCAUUGUUGGCUCCAAUUUGUCCCUCUAAAAUAUUACUGUUGUGUUUGAUUUACAGAUUAAUAUAUAUAAUAUCUGUAGAACUUUGACAGCUAUUGUUAGGCAAAAUAUAAAUAUUUCUACAAAUUGUA